UAAUAUCAACAUUCCUAUUGUUUUCCUAUUCCUAUGGUUUAGGCUUUCACAUUUUGAUUAUUUAUGUACUUCAAUUUUGGGUUCCAGAAAAAUGGAAUCAGAGGAAAUUAAAUUGGGAAAAUUAACUGAGGAGUCUUUAAAGCGUAAAGAACGUUUGCGUCAAUUACGUGGAAAAGCCCAAAAAUCCGAUAAAGAUUCUUACACUAAAGGAACCGAAGAGCUUCCGAGGCCUAUUUUUCGCAGUUACAAACCACAGAACGAAAAUACCGAAGGCGAAGUGUUAGACCAGGAACCAUCCGGUGAUAUUGAAAAAGCAGUAGAAGGGCAGUUGGAACUAUUGAAUCAGCCUAUGAUUAUCGAUGAAAUUGAUAUAGCAAAUUUGGCGCCUCGAAAGCCCGACUGGGAUCUAAAACGUGAUGUAUCAAAAAAGCUAGAACGAUUAGAGAGGCGCACUCAAAAGGCAAUUGCCGAGUUAAUACGGGAGCGGCUGAAAAAGAAUCAAACCGACCAAGAAAUAUUUCAGGCGGUGAACGUUGGUACGGCGCAUGCCGGUGAGGCUACUACAGUCGAUGAUGAUUAGUAAUAACCAACAACUAAUAUAUUUUAUCAUGUAAGGAUUUAUUUAAUACACAUAUAAAUAUGAUAUAAAAUAACAGAAAUU